AUGUCUGCGACAAAGAGACACCGAUCCUCGCCAGGAGAUGGAAGGCCAGGAGGCUCUAAAAGGCAGAGAGACAAUCUGCGCAAGCGAUUGGCCGCCGCAGAGGCAGAACAGGUCGGUGUCGGCAACAGAGAGACCCAGUGGCAGACUGUGCAAAGAAAGGGCAAGGCAAAGCAGACGAACGCAGGUGCAAGGCCAAAAGCAAUUAGGAGAAGCAUCAAAAAGAAGGGCAAAGAGAUUGUGGUGAAGACCCGUGAGGAAAGUUACCUUGAGGUUCUACGUACCAUAAGAACGGCUCCGGAGCUUAAGGACUUCGGCGCGGACGUACAAAAAGUCAGGCGCACACGGUCUGGAGAAAUGAUCUUCGAGAAAAAGGACUCGAAGAACAAGAGCUCUUCGUAUAAGAAGCUUGCAGCGAGCUUCGUGGGAGACACUGCACAGGUCCGAGCUGUUACGCCAGAAGUGGUUCUGCAAUGCGUCGACAUAGACGAGAUUACUUCGGCGGAAGAAAUAAAAACUGCAAUUAAGGAGCAAAUGGAGAUAGGAGACGUUGAAAUGUCAGUCCGACUAAGAAGGGAACCUUCCGGGACGCAGGUUGCGGUUAUCAAGCUCCCGGUGGAUGCUGCCGACAAGGCGUUGCGAAUUGGCAAAGUGAAAGUCGGGUUUUCAGAAUGUUCACUGCGGGUUUCUCAGCAACCGGAGAUAUGCUUCAGAUGCCAAGAGUUUGGACAUCUGGCACGGAACUGCCGUGGACCAGAUAGAUCGAAACUGUGCAGGAGAUGCGGAGAUGAAGGUCAUAAAGCACAAGAGUGGAAGAAGCCACCAAAGUGCAUCAUCUGUGAAAAUGAGGGGCGCAGGGACCAUUUUACUGGUGGCCCAAAAUGUCCAACAGGUGAUGUCCGGUAA